AUGACGACUAUGCCCGCAUCUCACGGCCACAACGAGGCCUGCUGCAACAUACCUCCUGUUGUAUCCAAGGGAUAUGAGGCAAAGGGAACUUAUAAGGAGAUCGGAGGCUACAAGACUUAUGUUACUGGUCCCGUCGACGCUAAGAAGGCCAUUGUCGUGAUCUAUGACAUCUUUGGGUACUUCGAUCAGACCCUUCAGGGAGCUGACAUCCUCGCCUUCAGUGAUGCUCACCAGAAGUACAAGGUCUUCAUCCCUGACUGGUUCAAAGGCAGCCCCUGCCCCAUUGAGAUCUACCCUCCCGACAACGACGAUAAGAAGAAGCAGCUUGGAGACUUCUUCGGCACCUACCCUCCCCCCAAGGUCGCCGGCCAAGUUCCUGACUAUGUAAAGGCUGUCAAGGACCAGGACUCUUCCAUCGAGAAGUUCGGAAUUCUCGGAUAUUGCUGGGGUGGCAAGGUCGUUGCUCUCAGUGUCAAGGCUGACUCUAACCCCUUCUCCAUUGCUGCUCAGAUCCACCCCGCCAUGGUAGAUGCUUCUGAUGCCGAGGGCCUUUCGGUCCCUACCAUGCUUCUGGCAUCCAAGGAGGAGCCCGAUGAUGAGGUCAAGAAGUUUGAGGACAACCUCAAAGUCCCCAAGCACGUAGAGACCUUUAAGGACCAGAUCCACGGCUGGAUGGCCGCUCGUGCCGAUCUCAGCGACAACCGCGUCAAGGAGGAGUACGAGAGGGGUUACAAGACAGUUCUUGAGUUCUUCGGUAAGAACUUUUAA